CUUAGAAGGUACAAAUAUAACAUAACAUAACAAAAUCCUGCCGCCCCAAAAUUACAUGAGAUUAUUGCACCAUUUUCGCCCUGGGCAUUACCAUGUUUCGUCUGCCUUUUUUUGCAUUUGUCUUGGAAUUAUUAGCUAUUGACAAAAUUCCCAUUCCUUCUAAACUAACCGAGUGAGACAGCACAGCUAGCCAUCUGCUCCUAACUCACCCCCUACUCCCCCCUCGAACAAAUCGUUUACCCACCGAGGCGUUCCGCACUAUCGAGUCCACGCAUCCGGGACUCGUCACGCUGGGAACCACCGCGCCCACUUCCCUCAGGUCCCAGGUUGAUCGCUGCUCAACUACGCACUACUAUCAUUAAUAUUAGCUAGUGGAGCCCCGUACCUGUCGUACUGGACUAACUAAGACACACCAACUACUCACUACACGUGCACCGUUUCCGUCUCAUCCACGGGGGUUACUUAGGUACUUACCUACCUGGUUGUUUUUGCACACCCUGUCUUGUUCUCGAACGAAGAAAAAGGCUGUGCUUGCUUGUUUCUAAACAAACAUGGCAUCCUCUUUGAGUGAGUCGGAAAGCCAAGCUUCCAUUUAUACCUCUGUUUCUUCCCCCAAAAACAUUCGUUCCACUGAAGAUACUGGUAAAGAGCGGAAGGUGUCUGAUGAAAAGAACACCCCUCCUAGCUCCGAACCUCAAUCUGAAGCAAAUAUAUAUCCAUCAGAUUCGUCUGGAAAUACUAAAGGGCUGGCCUCAAUGUUUUCCGCGAAGUCGCGGUUUGACCGCUUGUCGUCUUUCUUCCCUUCACUGAUUAGCACUUCACAUACAGAUUCCGCGGGAAAUGUUCACCGCAAACCCCUACCUGAACAAUCUCCCGUCAAAAACAGACCACCGAGCUUACCGAUUAUACCAGUAGGUUCCGAGAAGGUAGAAGGCCUCGGAAUUUCACAAGAAACAAUUAGUCCUUCCGACAACCCUGCCACUGUCCAGUCCGUUGCGAGCCACACUCGGAAUACAUCGGGAAGCGAUGCGACGAAUUCUUCCACGGGAAAGUUACAAAAAGCCGCCCCAGAAGAGAACUAUUCUGCCCCUCCGCGAGUAUCGACUUUUCAAUCAGAACCGAGAUCACCUCCGAAACUUACGAAAGAGCAAAGGCGAAGAAGUAGCUCCGUCGCUAACCACAAACCUUCUCAAUCCCAAUCGGGUCUGGCACCACGAGCAACAUCACCAAUUCCCGAUAUUCGGGGUCGAAGUGUCUCCGCACAACCACCUACCACUCGAUCCGCACCUGCCUCCGGGAAUUUAGCAGUUUCUACCGCAACUCCUGCACCCGGGUCUCGUCCGGGGUCUAGCAAUGGAAGUCAGAGCCCGACUAGAGAUGCGGAAAAGCGGGGACGCUUGAGGAGAAGUUGGCUUCCUGGUGGAGGAAGGUCACGGUCUCAAUCCCGGGGUCACACAACAAAGGCAAAUAGUGCAGCGGCAUGGAUUCUAGGACAAAAUGCGGAUUACAACACAUCUUUUCUCGCCAACGGAGAGAAAGUUCCAGAGUUGUGGAAUGAGGCCGGGGAUGUAUUGAUCUAUCUGGAUCCUAAAGGAGUCGGAACAGGACCGUCCUUCAAAGUCCCUUCAUUCGUCGUCGAUUACUCAAUGGUCUUCGUCGAACUUAUCGAGAACGAGAUGACAUCUCCAACGGGUUCGGGUAGGAGCCGAGCUCGGAGUUUUCUUGGUCGAGAUAGCUUGUCUAUUGACGACGCAACCCGAAGAGUACAAUCGCCGCCGUUACCCGAGUCCGAGGGGAAUGGAGAGUCGCGACUCUAUCUACCUGUUUCAAUGUCUACUUCAGGACACAGGUCGCAGGAGGAUAUGGAGCGAUUAAUAUCGAUUCGAAAUAUGUUCGCAUUUUUGACCGGCCAACCGUUGGUAUGCACGAAGGAGCAAUCGACUCUCUUCGCUGUAUUCCUUCAGAUCGCUUCCCUACUGAGGGAGUUUGAUUUUACGAACGCCGAUGGCUCGACAUAUGGGGAAUCGGUCGAGAUGAGUUUCGGCUUCUUCAUGGACCAGAUGGCUCUCGCAGAUGUGAGGCAUAGCAGGGAGAAGACAUUGGAGGCGCUAGUUCUGGGUGAGCGGAUGCGCUCAAUGACCCUCUACAAUGAGGCAUUUGCCCACGCCGUGGGGAAAUACUCUGCUAUUCGGGAUCUGAACUCUCCUCUUUGGAAUCAAGUAUCUCGCGUUACGCGCGAGCGACUCGAGCGCGCGUACUUCGAGCUAGUGACACGGCAGAAUGGCGUCAACAACAGACUGGAAUCAUUUGAUUUCCCGGCUCUAUUUUCCGGUGUCGCUAAUUCCACAUCUAAUCCAGAGUACAAGGAUGUCAAAUUCCAUGCUUGGAGGAAGUCUUUUGGUAGAAUGAAGCAAUUUGUUCUCGGCUACUACAAGGCUAACUUCGGAAGCUGGCCGCCCAAGGCCCGCAGCAAGAAGAAUCCAUUUACAGAGAGUGGUCUGAACAGACAAGUCUUAAAGAUACUCUACUCGGACUUCUGCGCGCUGUAUGACCUACUCGUCGACCGUCAGGACAUUACGACACGUGUGAUCGAUCAGAGUGCGGAUGAUACGACAGGGCAUAAGAAUCCUCACCUUUCGGCUUUGCGCAAAGUUCUUGGGGAGUUCGAUCAGUCCUCGCCUCCUGUGCUUCCUCCUAUUCCUUUCGAUCUUCCCAAAUUGCCGGACAUGACAAGCGUGAAGGAAAACUACUACGAACUCUCUCAUAAGGAACAGUCCCGGCUAGACAGAAAUUUGCAAGAAUACCAGAUGCUUCUCAUUCUCAACAAGGCGUACGACUUUGAGACAUUCAAGCUACGCAUUCCGUUCCUUGAGCAGUUCAAGGAGUUUGAGCAUAAGGAAGCUAGGGGGAAGACAGCGCAAGAUAUGGCAGAUCAACGUAUCGGCUAUUGGCUAUUCCUCUAUGUCAUUAUCCAAUCACUUCCUAUGUUGGUGGUAGAUGCUCCUGGUCUACAAUUCACGGAGGGAGUCGAAUACUUCUUGUGCCAACCGCCUCGAGGUCAGCCGCCUUGGAUAGAAGAUGCGCCUGCGGUACAGAAGAGGUGGUACGAAGUAGCUGGCGGAGGUGGUCUGGUGGAGCUUUCGACUGACGCUGUGGAGUUCAGUAUCGAAGGUAUAUACCAUCGUAGUCAUUGUUGGCUCGCAGCUAAGCGCUGGGAGCUUGGUGAUGAUGUUGGUCCUCCGGCACCGCAAGAGAAUUUAUCGCCGUUACAAGCACCACAAUCCGUAUUUACGGAUAAUGAUCCCGGCGUCUCAACAAGCCCAGGCUUGAUAGAUCGAACCGGGUCUCCUCAAUCUGGUCCCCCUGGAGUCGCACUAAGACAGAGAACAGCAUCACCCGGUGGUCGAAAUUCAUCUUACCGAAAGAGCAUAGCCUUAGGUCUAGAGCCUAUCCCGCUUCCUUCGGACGGUCUCCCGAUCCCGGGGUCGCGUGUUGUUAGCGCUAGAGCCGGUUCUCCAGUCCAACGACCUAUUAGCGCCGUGAUGAAUCGUAGUAGAUCUUCAGGCAAUCUACAAGGUCUCCCAGAUUCUCCAGUCAACGCACAUCCCGACUCACGGAAUAGCUCACGACAGGAGUCCCUUGGAGGCAGCACGUUUGACGACAUUUUGAAAGACAUGGACCAGAAGCCCAAGAAGAAGAGGGGUUUCUUCUAAUAAUUGGAAUUUGACGAUUGAUGAUGUGUGUGUUUCUUGUCGUUUUUCAUAAGGGGUUCCGGAUAAUAUCUUGAGGCUGAGGCAUGCAUGCAUUGGGUUACUAAAUUACAAUGGCAUUAUAAGGACAUCGGAAAAAUUCAUAUACAGUAGCACUCGCAUAAAAAGGAUUCCCAUACAUACAGCCAUGGUCGGGACUCGAAGAAUAUUUCUCUUCGCCGACAUACAUGGACUAAUAAGCAUAUCAUAUUUUAUUAUUUCCUCCGAGAAAACAAGGGGGGUUUGUACUUUACUGUACCGUAUCUAGUGUAAGUCACCUGAAAGAAUGUCACCAGGUGACGUAUGACUUGAA